AUGGUCAAAUCCAAAGGAUACCAUCACCUUUGCGGCACCCUCUUCCUUCCAACACCUAGGUCUCCAAUCGCCCAUUACAAGUUGGAGAAAGAGAAAAUAUGGCGAGAGCUAGAGAAGGAAGGAAUCAGGAGAGAAAUCAUUGCUCGCGAGAUGGCAUUUGCACAACGACGAGAACUGGAAGAUGAAGUGAGAAAAGAACUAGAAUUGGAGAGAACAUUUAGAAUCUCGAUGCAAAGAUCAGAUGGGAUCACAUUUCGAGAACCAAUUUCAGUGUCUUUUAAUCACAGUAUGGGUCCAUUGAAUAAUAUUACCAUGUCUGGAGGGCUACCAUUCCAUUUACUGUCACAAGCUUCUAAGCAAAUUAACAAGGAUAAAGUGAUUAUACUAAUUCCAUUGCAGAAUAAGCCAGAUGAUCAUUGUGGUGAAAAGCGCAAAGCAAUGACACUUGCAAUUGAUGACAAUGAGAGUCUACAGAAGAAAUCCAAGAAGGAGUGGAGUUGCGAGUUGUGUCAAAUUUCUGCAACAAGUUUGAAAGGCUUGAAUGAUAUUCAAGGGAAAAAACAUAAGGCUAACAAAGAAUCCACUAGAACUCAAAAAAUAGGGCUGGAUUCAAGACCAGAAAGUGAAACACUUCAUCCUUGUUUAACACCCGUGGACACAUGCAAACUGGAAUCUAAAGUAAAGGGCCAGGUUGUCCAAACGAGCAAAGGUUUAGGUGAUUUGGACGAUCAAAAUGAAACAACUACUAGUAAACAAGCACAGGAAACAAGCGCACUGUCAAAAGGGAAGAAAUUUGAAUUUUGGUGUGAGCUUUGUCAAGUUCAAACUCAAUCAGAAAUUGUCAUGCAAAGUCAUAAGAAUGGAAAAAAACACUUGACAAAUAUGAAGAAAUUUAACCACAACAAUGAUAGGUGUGACUUUGCAUCAGGUGGCUUUCCUAGCAAUGUUUCAGCGCCUAGAGUUUUCCCAAUGGUCAUGCCGAUCAAUGUCAACGAAGUAUUCCAACGAGAGUUGGAGAAAGAGCAAAUAUGGCGAGAGCUAGAGAAGGAAAAAAUCAGGAGAGAAAUCAUUGCUCGUGAGAUGGCUUUUGCACAACGACGAGAGUUGGAAGACGAAGUGAGAAAGGAAAUGGAAUUAGAGAGAACAUCUAGAAUGUCGAUGCAAAGAUCAGAGGGGAUUGCAUUUCGAGAACCAAUUUCAGAGUCUAUUAAUCAGAGUCGGUUGAAUAACAUUACCAUGUUUGGUGGGCUACCAUUCCAUUUAUCGUCCCAAGCUUCUAAGCAAAUUCACACGGAUAAUAUCCUAUUUGAUAACAAAGAAGCUUCUAAUAGCAAGGAUAAAGUGAUUAUAUUGAAUAAGCCAGAUGAUCAUUGUGGAGAAAAGCGCAAAGCAAUGACACUUGCAAUUGAUGACAAUGAGAGUCUACGGAAGAAAGCCAAGAAGGAGUGGACUUGCGAGUUGUGUCAAAUUUCUACAACAAGUGAGAAAGGCUUGAAUGAUCAUAUUCAAGGGAAAAAACAUAAGGCUAACAAAGAAUCCACUAGAACUCAAAAAAUAGGGCUGGAUUCAAGACCAGAAAGUGAAACACUUCAUCUUUGUUUCACACCCGCGGACACAUGCAAUAUGGAAUCUGAAGAAAAGGGCCAAGUUGUCCCAAAGAGCAAAGGUUUAGGUGAUUUGGACGAUCAAAAUGAAACAACUACUAGUAAACAAGCACAGGAAACAAGCGCACUAUCAAAAGGGAAGAAAUUUGAUUUUUGGUGUGAGCUUUGUCAAGUUCAAACUCAAUCAGAAAUUGUCAUGCAAAGUCAUCAAAAUGGAAAAAAACACUUGAGAAAUAUGAAGAAAUUGAAUCACAACAAUGAUGGUGUUGCAAAUCUUGGAUAACAAUACAACUCAUGUUAUAUGUUGUGUAGUGUGUACCUUCAUAAAUGUUUAUUUCUUUCAUUUAUUAAUGUGCUAUUUUUUGUAUGCUUUAAAAGUUAUGAUUAUAGAGUUAUAUGAUGAGGAACCCAUUUAACCUGGUGUGAAAAAAGCCUGAGGCAUUGCAUCUUUAUUUAAAUGUACAUCCCUGAAAUUGAAGAGAUAAAUUAAAGAAGAAGAAAAAAUAUUAUUUUGAAAAUAAAA